CGCGUCUCCCGGCGGGCGACGGACGGCAACCCCCCUUCUCCGGCGACCGGCGGCGGCACCACCCUCCGUCGCUACCGGAUCGACGGUGCUCUCCGGCCAUGUCGAAGAAGAGGGGCCUUUCGUUGGAGGAGAAACGGGAGCAGAUGCUUCAAAUAUUUUACGACAGUCAAGACUUCUAUCUGCUUAAAGAGCUCGAGAAGAUGGGUCCUAAAAGGGGAGUGAUCAGCCAGUCCGUCAAGGAUGUUGUGCAAACCCUGGUGGAUGAUGAUCUUGUCUUGAGAGACAAAAUAGGGACUUCUGUGUACUUUUGGAGUCUUCCCAGCUGUGCUGGAAAUCAGCUGAGGACUACUUACAAUAAGCUGGAGUCUGAUCUUUCAAACUCUAAAAGGCGUUACCUGGAGCUUGUUGAGCAGAGAGACAACUUGAAAACAGGCAGGGAGGACUCUGAUGAGAGAGAAGGUGCUUUGGAGGAGCUGAAGGCUAUAGAGUUACGCCAUAAGAAGUUAAAGGAAGAACUGGCUGCUUAUGCUGAUAGUGAUCCAUCUGCACUAGAGGCAAUGAAGGAUGCUACUGAGGUCGCCCAUUUGGCAGCCAACAGGUGGACAGAGAACAUCUUCACUUUGCAACAAUGGUGUUCAACUACAUUCCCUCAAGCAAAAGAACAGCUCGAAAACAUGUACAGGGAGGCUGGCAUAACUGAAGACUUUGACUAUCUGCCGUAGUGCUGAACAUCCUGCCUGCCUGCCCUGUUGCAGCCUUGUAUGUAAUCCCCCUCCGCACGUGAUAUUGGAUUUAGAGUAGUUUGUGUGGAAUUGGUGA